CCGUGCCCUGCUGUGAGUUGGCAGACGACCACAAGCGGACUGAUCCAGUCGCAAUUUCCAUCCAACCAUGUCACAAUCCCUUCUUCCGUCCUCCCCCCUCCGAUGACCUGGGCAAGCAGCACUUCCCACUCCCCUCGGCUCGUCCUCCUUGGUUUCUUCUUCUUCCCAACGAUUAUCAGUUUCAACCGUUUCAACCACAGUUUUCAACCGCUUCCAGAUCAAUUAACACUGGACCAACCGUCUCAACCACGCUUAUCCACCAUGGAUAUCGCCGCCCGCAGACUACACGUCGGUCGGGAAGAGCACUUCGUCCACGACGUGCCGGGCACCUACCCGCGGCUGUGCCGCUCGGCCGACGGCUCCAUCCUCGCGGGCUUCACCGCCUUCGAGGCCGACGGCCAGCGGGUCCUCACGGUCGCGCGGAGCGUCGACGGCGCCAGGUCGUUCCAGCCGCACGGCGAGGUGACGCGCUCCCGCGGCGACUGCGACAACCUCUUCCUGCUGCAGCUGCCGGGCCCGCCGCUCGACGACCCGGACUUGCGCGGGCCCCACGCCCACAUGCCGAUCCUCGCCGCGUUCCGCAACCACGACCUGGACGCCGCCGGCAACCCGACCUGGUUCCGCAUCACGGUGUGCCGCUCCCUCGACGGCGGCCGCUCGUGGUCGUUCCUCUCGCAGGCCUUCGAGAAGCCGGCGCCGUUCGGCCUGUGGGAGCCCUUCCUCCGCAUCGGCCGCCGCCUGGGCGACAACGAUGACUACGACGACGACAACCGCUGGGAGGUGCACCUGUACUUCUCGCAGGAGCUGGCGCACGACGACCAGGACACGAUGCUCGUGCGCAGCGCCGACGGCGGCGCGACGUGGUCGGCGCCCGUGGCCGUGACGGGCAUGGGCGAGGCGCUGCGCGACGGCAUGGUCGGCGUGGCGGCGUCGGACUACCCGGGCAGGCUCUGGCGAGAUAAGGCGCUGGUGAUGGUGCUGGAGACGACGCGGCGCGGCACCUUUUCCAUCGAGGCGCUGGUGUCCUUCGACGGGGGCAAGACGUUUGCGUCGCGGCAGGUGGUGUACGAGCCCGCGGCGGGCAGGAACGCGGGCGCGCCGCAGAUCGCCGCGCUGGAGGACGGAACGCUUGUGGUUGUGUUCAUGACGGACGAGGAUGGACCGGGCGAGCCCCAAUGGCCGCGGCGGGCGAAGAUCAAGGCUGUGCACGGUCGUCUGCUGGCGGACGGAAAGCUUGCGCUGAGUGCGCCCGAGGUUGUUGAGGAGGCUGCCAGCUUUUGGCCCGGCAUCAUGUCCAUCCUCUCUUCUUCAGCCCUGGCGGUGUACGAGUCUUCUUCGCGGAUCAGGGGACGUCUGCUGAGGUCUGGUCCCGCAGAGGAGCAGUGAAGAAUGAUGGACUUCCAGGUUGUCAGGUAGUAUUGCGGGUGCGACAUCCGGACAGAACUACCCCCAAGAGUUGCCAUCACAAGAUAGACUCGAAUAACGAAUCUGAAAACACGAUGUCGAGGCACCGAGAGACCCCUCAGAAAAGCCUCAGAUGGCAGAAGAGACAAAAAU